AUCGAAUAUGUGCGCUGCAGUCAAGCGGCUUGCAACCGAGUUCUCUAGACUAUUAUUAGGAAGAAAUGUAAUGCUGCCUGUAAUUCAAGUUCGACCUCUUUCCAUUUCAUCUACACUCUUGGACAGUAUCCGCGAUGCUCACCGUGCUGGAACAAAAGUUGUUGGUGCAGCACAGCGGCUUGCAACCGAGUUCUCUAGACUAUUAUUAGGAAAAAAUGUAGUGCUGCCUGUAAUUCAAGUUCGACCUCUUUCCAUUUCAUCUACACUCUUGGACAGUAUUCGCGAUGCUCACCGUGCUGGAACAAAAGUUGUUGGUGCAGCACAGGAANAGGAAGUUAUGGAAGGAACGGCUGGUGCCUCUCGUCUCACCGCUGUUAAUUUACAAGGUCUGGAGUCGCGACUUCCCACUGCUGAGACGCUAAAAACAGAGUUUGACGGAAUUCCAUACUGCGAUCUACCUAUUGUAUACAUAAAGGCUACCAAAAAUAAUACUCUGGUUACUGUCAUGGACAAGAAAAACCACGUAAUCAUCUAUACGUCUUGUCGCCUGGAAGGAUUUAAGCAUGCUCGUAAAAAGACUACCAUAGCUGGCCAGACAACUGGAGUCGCAGCUGGACAGCGACUUGUCCGGAGAGGAGUUCGAACUGUACGAGUACAGGUGAAAGGGCUUGGUCCCGGCCGUAUGACAUGUGUUAAAGGUCUAACGGUUGCUGGUGUUCAUGUGGUGAGCAUUACAGAUCACACUCCUCUGAAAGAACUCGGUCCAAGACCGCGGAAGAUUAGGAGAGUUUAG